AACGACCCAGCCAAGUGCAAAUUUGCAUGAGGGGCAUCGCAUGCUUGAUGCUGCCGACAGCGGCGACAGCGGCGACAGGGGGUUGUUAAGUAAGAGUGUCGACUGUCCCUCUCUCGUGUUGUUGAAGAAUAGAAUUGGAUGUUGGGCGCGGGUUGGAUUGGGAUUGGGAUUGGGAUUGCGACCUGACCGACUCGGCAGUUGAGGUCACCUGUUCUGCUUCUUGCAGCCGCCAGCCGAUCUUAAAAAACUAAGUUACGGAGUAGUUAGUUAGUUAUACGAACGACCGCUUGUGGCUUCGUCUCCUGAGUUCAACCACCACCGCGCCUCCGCCAUAAAAGCUCUGAGAGUCGCCGUGGUCUGUUUCCGCUUCCGCGCGCACGACGGAAGCGGCUGGGAGAAACAGGAUAUUUAGGAACCCGCUCGGCUACCCCAGCUUCUAUCCAUGGGCCAUCCCUCGAAAGUUCCUUGCUCCCAGGAUCCAAGGAGCCCCCUAACUUAGCAGAGCAAUAUGUUUGGGUCUCAACCGCCCCAAAUUCCACCCUUCUAUUCUCCCGCUACGCCGCAACCUGAAUGGCAGCAGCAGCCGCCGCCGCCAAAUCAGGCGCUUGGUCCGCCCUGGCAGCCCGCGGACCAUCCCCCGCCCCCGCCCCCUCCCCAACUUCCUCCUCGCGCGUCGCAAUCAGGCGCCUCCUAUAAUCCGGGGACUUAUGGUCCGAUGCCAGGGGCGGGAAACUCUCCAUCGUUAGACCAGAAUAUCCACUCAGGAUUCUCUCGUGGUGGUGACACUUCCGCAUGGGGUGUCAGGUAUAACCAGCAGCAGCAGCACCAGCGGCAUCAGUCCAGCCUCCAUGGACAUCAGCCCACAGGUCCGCCGCUACCGCCCCGCCCCUCAAGCGCGCUUGAUCAAUUGCAGUCGCCAUCGCAAUCGCAAUCGCCUGCACAGUCCACUCCAUGGUCCGCACCCGUGCCCGCGUCUACUUCUCCGCCCCUAUCAAACCAACAAUUUUACCCACAGACCCUGUCGAUGAAUGUAUCCGAACCUCAAUCUUACUAUCCGCACCAGCAAGGUCCUUGGCAGACGUUCCAAGAUCCCAACUUCCAGAGUAAUCAACCAAUUCCACCUCCCCCACCACCUGUGCCGCCAGCCUAUCAAGUAGAGCAGCAACAACUCUCCCAGGGCUGGGCGUCACAGCCAUCAUAUUCUGACAAGCCCCCAAUCCAUCACUACGACCCCCCGCAACAACAACAGCACCCGCAAACCACAACCUCUGGGCCGUCUGUGUUAGGUCAAUAUGCCCCUGCAGGAAAUGGAGUUCAUGAUCAGCCUCAGACUACUCCUCCUGCAGGCUUUACAGCCGCUUUAUCACCUCCAACAAAUCAUGCGAACAUCUAUGCGCCUCCAUUAACUCCAACAUCAGCUGCUCCUGUUACUCCUCUCUCCCCUCCUGUGGUGUCCAGUGCAUCGGUAUUAGGUUCGGGCGGCCCAUCUGACUGGGAGCAUUUUUCUGCCCGGCAUGAUGAAAUCGAUGACACAGCUGCCUUCAAUUUCAAGUGUGACGUGCCUCCCAAAAAGGCUAAUACUUUUGAGCUGCCUUCGGAAACGUCUCCACAUCCCUCGAGUGGAGGGAACAAGCGGGCUCAAACACAUCCCGCAGAAAGCCCACAGAGCCAUACAACGGCCGAAUCCAUCAGAAGGCCUUCUCCUAGUCCACCAGUUAGCCCAGCCACCUACCCAAGAGAUGGUCCUGAUAAGCCCCUACCACUCAACCGAGUUGAUAGUGUAACUUCGUCCGUAAUUUCGACAGACGAUUCUACGAUAAUAGAUGGAGUAAUCCAAGCGUGGUCCAAUCCAGUGCCACCGAAAAUACUUCCACUUGACACAACGGCGGCUAAAGAAAGGACUCUAUCGUCUUCAUCUCAUACCUCUGAACAACUUCACAUUCCAUCUCCUCUUACCCCCCGCCCUCAUACUCCCAGGCAUGAGAGUCCCCAAUCAACAACUCCCAAGGCGGACCAGGCAGCUCCAAAAACUAUAAUAAAGGUUGUCGAUCUGUAUGAAGACCUUGAUCCUUGGUAUAAGUCUUCUUUGAGCCGAUAUGUUACAAUGCUGCGGAAGGAAAUGGCUGCCGAAUCAGACCAAGAGAGGUUCAAAAUUUUUACCCAUUUUCUCAAUAAGGAAGCUAAGUUACGUGAAAUCCUAUAUGGCAUUGAAGACGCAGCGAGCACUCUAAAUACCAGACCAUCGAGGAAUCUUUCUGUCAGAAGGCAAUCCUUAACCAUACCGGAAUUAAACACCUCCAAACUUAGCGUCCCAUUGGAAGAGGGAGAUGACGUAAUAACCUACAGUCCAGGUGGCCGACCGAUACUUGCUUCCGCGCUGUCUGCGCAUGGACAGGUAGGAGGGAAACCAGUGGGAGGGACAACCGUAGGAGACGGCCUUCAUCGAUCAGCAUCUCACCCAACUCCACCCUUACAAACUCGAAUCCGGCAGAGUAGCUUUGCUUCGAGGGAUGGUAUCGGCGCAACUUCUCGUCGAAACCCCAUAGCGAAUUUCCCCCGAUCAAUAUCUGUUCCCCCUGAAGCUAGCACGGCCGUUGCACGUAAUCAGAGUCUGGCCCCACUCUUGAGCCAACCGACGAGACCAGUCUACACGCCAUUCCGUUACGCUGAAGGGCCGCAAGGGGGCUCGGGACCACUGACUUUCGAUCGACCCGCAUUUCAGGCAUAUUCUGCUUUGAGACAAGCAUCCGUCUCCAGUGGCCGAACACUCUCCCACCCAGCUGCCAAUUCCUUUAGUCCAGGCUCCACAGAGCGCCCAUCCAUUGGGAAAGGGGAACACGGUGAAACGUUUAUCGGGCUUAUUAGGGAGAAGAGCGUCGCUUAUAGAGGGCGACAUAAGAGCUCUGACCCUCAUUCAAAAUUGUCAGGGGAGGCAUCGUUGGUAGGAAACAAGAGAACAAUCUUUGACGCUCUGCGAGAAAUGGUUCCUAUAACGCUCCCGAACCCAGCUGCGAACCCCGAUGUCAUUGAACUCCGCAAAGAACUAGAAGCUGUUCAGGAUGAUUUCGACUUCAUACAAGAAUCCAUCAAUGCAUGGGAUGAACAGGCACGUGCCAGACGGCCUGAACUGGACCGCCAGCGUCGAGUGAGACAGGAGGAAUCCGAGCACCAUAUCGAUGGCCUUUUUAAUGAUAAGGAGAUCGGUUAUUCGGAUAUCAAUGUCUUAGAGGAUGAGUUUAGGGAGACUGAAGCGCAACGACAACUGACUGAAGAAAGGAAGGAAUUUGAAAACUACCUCGAAAAUAUUUUUAAUCCGAUAGAGAGCCGGCUGAAGGACGAUAUUUCCAGGCUCCAAGCCCAGUAUGAUCGAGCUAUCGACAUGCUCAAUGCGGAUACCGCAACAAGUGACCUUCUACCAGGUUCGCCAAAGACGACAAAGUAUGAGCUUUCACACAUAAUGCAGAUCGCCGUAGAACUAUUCCAGAAGCUUGAGGUUCGAUACGCCAAGCAAGCGGAAGCGGUCCUAGAACGAGAAAGGCGGCGUAAACAAGCCGAGCGCAGAUACUACGUUUUCCUCGGGGAGACGUCGGCCCUCAAGCAGCUGGAUGAAGAUUUUGAUGCCAUGGAAACAAACAACAUCCUGAACGCUGCGAAGGAAAAGGACAGCCGCGCAAAUACCCUCAUGGACGCCUUUGACGAUGCCAGCAUGCGUGGAUUGGGCGAGAACCAGGGCCUACUCGACGACAUCGCCGGCAAGGCGAAAAGGAUCAAUGCACAAUACAUCAAUAUCCUGGGCAAAUUGCCCUCUGACAUCGAAGAGAUAAUGGCCUCCGCCCUAGCCGUCGUCAAAUACCUCGGCACAGACUCCGAAUCCAUCCUGCAGAGCUUCGGCGCAGCGGACCGCGCGCUGAACGAGGCAGACUACGAGCUCUCCGUCUCAGAAGCGCGCGGCUCCAACGCCGACCCAGACAUCUUCCACCGUCUCGAAGAGGAGAAAAAGAAAGAAGACGUCAAGAUCCACGAAGACCUCCAGACGCGCCUCGAUAGCGUGCGCAUGGGCCACGAGGCGCUAAUGGCCAACCUUCGCGAAGCACUAAAUAUCAUCCGGAGAGUAGGGUCUAGCCUGUCCGCGCCGAAUUCUAGUGGGGAUGUUCGGAAGGGCCUGCCGCGAGCAUCAUCAUCGUCCCCACCUCCCCCGGUCCCUUCUAUGCCUCCAAUCGCCGAAGGACCCCCUCCCGUCCCUCCAAAGACCCCACCUGUACAUAGCCCUGGGGCAGUGGAGGAUGAGCAGCAACAACGACAUCGGAAGGCGUUGGAAGAUGCCAAAAAGAGAAAUGCAGCGAAGGGGAUUAUUCGAUGAGGACGUCCUCAUUUUUUGGAUCUCGUUUCAUCCCAUUUAUGUCAAUUUGGUUUUGAAAGCUUUCUAAUCUCGUUCACCAGGCCGUUGGAGCGUUGAUUGUUAGUUACUUGCUUAUUUUUGUCACGUUUCUCAAAUUUGACAUUUGAGGGUUUUUCUACUAUUCUACUAUACCUUCUAUUCGUUCUCAGUUAUAUUUAUUUUUUUUGUGUCUAUUUUAUUUUGUUUUAUUUUUUACUUGGCGCAGUAAAUACCCCCCCGACAUGCCUUUUGACCCUUUCAGCGAUGUUUUCCUUUCUUUCUUGCCUUGCAUUUUGUGAGCGACAUCUAGAGCUCAUGAUUUAUACGACAUGACCUGGUGUAUUUAUGCCUUAUUCUUUAUUAUUAAUGUUCUUUAUCUCUUAUAGUACGUACACCUCCUUUUAUACCAUUUGCCUUUUGUAAUUUGGCCACCACUGCCUGCAGCUGCGUUUUCUACCUUGUGUUGAUAUCCUCUAGUCGAGGUGAGAUGGCAUGUUGAUGCAAUUUAUUGUUGUUGUUCUGUGCAUAACUUACCCGCUUCUUGGAUUCCCUUCGUAUUCUAAAAUUAGCUGAACAGUUUUGCGACUGGAUAGCUACUAUUCAUUGUUCACAAGUAAUUCUGUUAUUCCCAGCGACCCCCAUCUGUCUAUGGGUACUACACUCUAUGCUUCUAUAGAAUAAGGAUAGUUAGAAAUGCCGAGUCAUAAGCUGCUAUUCCCUUUCUUCACUUCACUUCAGUUAUUAAAAAAAUAACCAUAAUAAUAAGCUUUCCGACGUUCCUGCGCCGUCGAUCAGUCGGCAGCUCGCACCGCACGCAAAAAACGUGAAACAAGGAGCUUUUACGAGGGGCGGGGGCGCAGGGGGGCCGUGUCGUGUGGGGUUCUUGUUCUUGUUCUUGGAUUGCAUUCCUCGAAACGAAAUACUCCUCAGCACAGCCCAGGGGAAGUCAACCUUGCGGGGGAGUUCCAAGCAAAAUUGAGAGGGAAGCCUUUGUGUGUAUGUGUUUCAUUUUUAUUGUGUUUCAUUUUUUCAUUUUUUCAUUUGUUAUUUUUGGGUUCUUCAGGUGGCUGCAUGCCCUCGUAUCUACAGACUGUUUCUAUAUUCAGCAUUCCAAGCAUUCCAAGUUCCGAGACGCUUGGAAAAGCUUCAAAUAAAACUUUGCUUCCAUGACGUAGUAUUUCAUUUUUUUUUAUUAUUCCUUAAGAGAGAAAACAUCCAGCCUUGGCAGGCGGCUAACUCGCGAUUUCUGCACGGGAGGUGGUAAGAUAAAUGCUAUCCACUUGAGGAGUUGGAGGUUCUGUUUUGUGUUGGGGAUAAGAAGAAAACAAGACAACUGGGGAUAAGAAGAAAAUGGAAAGAGUUAAGCUGAAUCUAGAUAAACCAAAGGGCUUCAAAGCCAGUCGGAAAAAUUGCCGCUGACAGACAGCCUUGAUUGAUAGGAUAAAUAGCAUGAGAUCUUGAGGCUCGGUGCCAGAUAAUGGAAUGUGGGCCUGAGAAAAAGAAUUUUAUAAGCCAUACGCAGCUACCCGCCAUCUUCCCCCAAACGACGAAAGCAACUCUCGCCGAUUCCGGACCCCCUUCUUGGAAAUAGCGCGAAACCACACCGCAUCCGCCCGCCCUGGCCUUGUAAUAAUGUCUUCUUGGUUGCCUUGAGCGAGAUGAAGUCGAAAUGCUGGUGAUUCUGAAGCUACAAGCAUUCUGCUUGCCGCCAUGCGAAUGUCAUUGGCUUUUUAUGCAAUGGCGGUGCGGCGACAAUGGAAGAUAUGCCUCGCAGGCGUCAGCGAUGCAGAUCAUCCCUUGAGCCCAAACGAGGCCGACCUUUUCCAUCAAGUAGACUCUUUUUUUUUUUCUUUUUUUUUUUUUUUUUAAGUUUAUAUUCAGCAGCACGGACACAAGCCAGCGAGGAAUCCACGACAAAGUCGCGUAGCCUUUUUCAACUUCGCCUAGUUCUUUGCAGAUGUUUCCUUCAGGCGUAGCAAUAACUAUUCGUAACUAGUUAACGAUCACAUGAGCUAGGAUAAUUUCAGUGUGGCUUUACACUCUCCCCAAAAUCGAUCGGGGAACAUAUUUACUCCGUACUAAAGUUUAAGACGGUUCUCUCUCUGAUUCAUGCAUGCCGGGCCGUUGAGGAAGUUGGCGAAGCCGAAGCCCCCAAGCACAAGCCUCGUUGGGGUUGUGCUCCCUUCGUAUUUGGUGGGUUGGAGUCCAAUCGGGAGGCUUGGGGCGGCUGGCUGAGGGCUAGUGAGUUAGGCCAUGAGCGGGCAAUAACGAACGCGGGAUUGGGAGGAAUGGGAAUACAUAGCAUCGCAAUCGACGACGUUUCGUCAGCUUUUUUUUAUAUGUCA